AUGCCUCUUCCAGAGUCAUUAGAUGCUAUUCUAAUUGUUCAUGGAUUAACAUGUCAUGAAUAUGGAAUUGGCGGGUCAAAAGAAACUUCUGAAUUAAUUGAAUUAUCAUGGAUUUUAGUAGAUUUAAGAACUCUUGAAGAACAAUAUAAAGAAGAUCUUUUAGUAAGGCCUAUUAAUACACCACUGACGAAUUUUUCUGGUUUUGUUACUUUGAGUUGGGAACAUAUUCAAUCAGCUGGAACUUUUCAUGAUGCUAUUCAUCAAUUUGUUACAUUUAUUCAGGAAAAGCUUAUUUUUAACAACAAGGAUUUUGUGUUUGCAGCAUUUGAUGCUAAAAAGUUGACUGUUCAGUUUCCAAGAGAAGCUAGGGAUAAAUCAAUCGUUCUUCCAUCAUAUUUGCUACAUCCUAGAGUAUAUGAUUUGUAUUCAGAAUACCGUCGCUGGCAAUCGUAUCAUCCUGAGGUUCCGUUGUAUAGUUCAUCAAGUAUUGUGAAUAUUCGAAAAAUCCUAGAAACAGAUAUAAAUGGACCGUCUCAGCCUCUUCAACAAACGUUUCAUGCUCCUCAUGAAAAUCCAUCUAGACGUGCAAAAGACGAAUGCUUAGAUUUAUUAUAUAUAUUGAAAAGUCUUGUCAAGAAAUCAAAAAUUAUAGAUAAAUAUCCGAAUAUUUUUUCUCGUUUAUUAGAUGUUAGAUCUAACAUUAAAGCAUUUCUUGCUGAAAGGUCAUGUAUUCUUUAUAUGAUUGGAUUACCUCAUGAUACUACUCAGUCUGAAUUAGAAAGUUGGUUUACACAACAUGGAGGUCAUCCUAUAGCAUUUUGGACUUUGAGAACACCUGAUUAUUAUAAGCCAACCGGUACUGGAUUUGUGGUUUUUUCUUCACAUGAAGAAGCUAUAAAAAAUCUUAUGAUGAAUGGAAAAACUUUAAAUGAUAAAGUUAUUGAAAUUUCACCUAGCAGCAGUCGUGUAUUAGAGCGUGCUGCAGAAAUACUUAUACCUUUCCCGUCUAGUAAAAAUAAACCAAGACCAGGUGAUUGGAACUGUCCUUUUUGUGGGUUCAGUAAUUUUCAAAGAAGAACUGCAUGUUUUCGUUGCUCUUUUUCUACUUAUUCAGUAAAUAUGAAUAAUGAUCCUAUGAUAACAUAUUCAUAUCCCUCAUAUGGGGGAAAUAUGUCUUUAACAUCGUCAGUUUCGAAUCCAGAUACGUUACUUCACUCAUAUCCUUUGACUCUUAGAACUUCUACACAAGGAGGAAAUGUUCCCUUUCGUGCAGGUGAUUGGAAAUGUAGAACAGAAGGAUGUGGAUAUCAUAAUUUUGCAAAAAAUACAAUUUGUUUGAAAUGUGGUGCAAAUAAAAAUAUUUCUGUUGCUACUACGGAUCAUAAUAAUUCAUUACCUACUGUUACAUCACAAGCAUCACAACAACCUAUUACAAAUCCAUUAAAUUUUCACUUUCCAAAUCCUAAGCAUUUUACACAUUUGCCUCCUAUACAAAAAAUUCCAUUGAACACGAUACAUGGGAACUUUAACGGACCGUCUAUUCCAACAUCCUUUUCCUUAAAACAGCCACAGGUUUCUACAAAUAAUGAAACCGUUAUUCAAAAUAAUGAAAAUAUUAUAAAUAAAGAAAAAAUAAUUGCUAAUACGAAUAAUGAGAAACAGACGAAUGAUUGGCAUUGUACAUCUUGUUUUUUUGUUAAUUUUAAACAUCGUAGUACUUGUUUAUUAUGUGGCUCUGCUGUUUUAAAUCUUUCUACUCCAGUGUCCAAUAUAAAUAGUACAGCAAGUAAUAUUCAAGAACGGAAUCAAAAUACACUUGAAUGUUUUAAUGAAAAUAUGGCAUCUGGGUUACUUCACGAAGAUCUUAAGGCAUUAAUAAUAGAUGAUGAUAAAAGCGUAAUGGAAAUAAAAAAAGAUGCGCCUUCUAAAUUAGCUUUGUUGUCUUUAGAUUCUUAA